AGCACCACCAUGAAGCUCAUCGCAGCGCUGCUCCUCACGGCGGUCCAUGCCAAAUUAGCACCCGUGCAUCUCGCGAAGAAGAGCGGCGUCAAGGCCGUGCAAGCCAUUGAUCUGGGCGGCGGCAAGAAGGCGUCCGGCGGCUACGGCCAGUGGGCUAAGGAUAAUGCCGCGGCGAACGGUAUUAUUAUUGGCGCCUUCAAGACGGCGGCCGCCGAUUUGAUGGCCCAGGUCUCGGACAGCGAGUCCGACUUCGACCUGAAGCGCAACCUGUUGUUCUUCGCGUUCGGCGGCGCGUACCUCGGCGCGUUCCAGUACUGGUACCAGGUCAACAUCUUCAAGCGCAUCUUUACCGCUACUGAGAGAUUCACCUCCCAGUCGUUGGAGAAGAAGCUCAAGGACACGGAAGGUUUAAUACAAUUGGCGAUGCAGAUCGCGUUGAACCUGACCAUCUUAUCCUGUGUGUACUUACCCACGUUCUACCUCUUCAAGGCCGUCUUCUUCGGCGACUGCGGCUUGGCGUCGUGCUUCGGCGAAUCCUGGGGCACUUAUACGGACGGACGAGAACGAUCUCGCACCGUUACUGAAGUGCUGGGGCCCCGCGGACCUCCUGCUUCUCGGUACCUCGUAAUGCCGCAUCCCGAUCCGCCACGUCGUAAACUUCUGCUGGACGAUCUG